AUGAGCGCGCCGGGCGAGCCGCCGCCGCCCGCCCCCGCCGGCCCGCCGGAGGGCGAGGAGGGCAUCACCUGGGGGUACCGCUGGCUGUGCCGGCUGGCCGGCCUCCUCGGCGGCGCCUCCUGUGCCGUAGCUGGCCUCUUCAACUGCAUCACGGUCCAUCCUCUCAACAUAGCGGCUGGAGUUUGGAUGAUGCUGAACGCCUUUGUCCUCUUCCUCUGUGAAGCGCCGUUCUGCUGCCAGUUUGUUGAGUUUGCAAAUGCCGUAUCUGCAAGGGCAGAUAAGCUCCGCCCCUGGCAAAAAGCAGCUUUCUACUGCGGGAUGGCCGUGUUUCCAGUCAUACUGAGCCUGACUCUGACAACCUUGCUGGGCAACGCCGUUGCAUUUGCGACAGGUGUGCUAUAUGGGCUUUCAGCCCUGGGCAAAAAGGGAGACGCCAUUUCGUAUGCAAAGAUGCAGCAGUUGCGCAAGCAGAACAAUGAAGAGGGGCUCACAGGGACCGUCGAAGGGCAGGCAGUGUGA